AUUGAAUUAAUUGUUUUAAGUAUUUACCCGCUUUUAUGUAUACCUUCACUGUGUAUAUAUUUUCUUUGCAUAUGUUCCACGAAAGAAAAUUGAUCAACUGGCAUUUGUCUGGAAACAAAUGUUCCUUCAAACUCCAACCAUUCCAAUGCAAAACAGUUGACACUCUGUGCACGUUAGUGAAGUUGUAAAAAAAUAUUGGAUAUUUAUUAGGGGAAUAGGUACGUGUUUAGUUUAAUUGAAAGGCUUUGAUUGGAUUCGAUGGACCUUGCAGCAGUAAGUCCCGCGGGUUGCUUUCAUUAGCUUGACAUGUGAGCAAAAAAAAAAGAGGGAAAGGAACAGUGAGACAGAACAGUACGUUUGUGAUAUAGGAAAGAAAAGGACGAGCGAACCAAGAUGAGGCUGUUCAUCGCGGGAUUUCUCACUUUGUCCCUCAUGUCGUCUGUAUGGAUGAUAAAUUUGUCGCCCAUUCUUGAAGACGAUAUGGAUUAUCAUAUGAAAAUCAUUUACAUCAACGAGAAAAAACUUUCUUACAACGAGGCAACACAUGCAUGUGCCAUUUUGAACGCAACACUGUUGACAAUGAGGAGCUGGCAGAAAUGGUUUAUGGUGCAGCAGUUGUUUAACUCCAGCAGCGACUGGAACAAGGAAGCGACUGCAGAAGCAUGGAUUGGCCUGACCAACACUAUAUAUGGAUAUAACUGGAUUGACUGUGUUUCUUUGGACUUUGCUAAGUUUUCCUUAUUCAAAGGUGAAGGUGAAUUGGAAUAUAAAUCAGCCGAACAAUGCUACAGAGUUAAAGAAGGAGAUAAAUUCCGAUGGGAACAAAAGAAGUGUGGCGAAGAAAAUGGUGCCAUUUGUGAGCAACGAAUACAUGGGGGAACUUGUGCUCCCGAGAAGUUAAUGACGGGGGAUAUUAUUGAUAUUACUGGAAAUGACGAAUCGAAUUGUAAAUCUCAAUGUGCGAGCGAGGAGGCAUGUUACGCUAUGAUCCAUUAUAACAACGGGACUCAGGACAACUGUAUCCGUAUAAGGAAGACUUCCGCUGGACCCACUGUCAAUGUCAAGUUAAAACAGUGUAUCACAGGAGAAAUCAAAUCCAUAUCAGACAUCAACACUGGAUCUAUAACGAUAUCUGACAAUAAUGAUGAAACGCCUUCGUCUACUUGUUCUAAUACCAUUGCGUUUCACACAAACGCGGUAAGUUCUCCCAUCAGUACAAGUACUGUCACCGUGACCCCCAGCACCGUGGACACGACCUACAUAUAUACCAGCUGUUUCAAUAUCACCGUCACAGCGACAGAGACGUUUAUGAAUAACUUUACCACUUACAUCCCCCAAACAACCAUUUCCUAUGUGCAGUCGCUGCUUACCACUACCAUGACAACAAUGGUUCCGACAACUGUAGUCUAUACGACAAUCUUGGCGCCAUCUACUGUAACUGUCCAAGUGACGCCAUCGCCUACCUCGUGUCAAGAAAGGACAACCUUUAUCAACAUAACGAACACCAAGUACAUCGAGGAAGCCGUGGAAAAUAUCACCAAAGCUCUGUACGUAGAUAAAAAACAAAUUAGUUCCUAUGUGCGCUCCAAAACAUGCGCACAGGAUAAACGACCAUCCGCGGCUACCGUAGGGUAUUUCGGGAUCGUGUUUAUUGCUGUACCUUUCGGUCUGAUUUUUCUUCUGGAUUUGCGCUCAAUUUUUGCACAGAUGAGAGACACCGCAAAUCACUGUCAGCUCUGCUAUGAUUCGGAUGAAUAGCAGUUUUCUUGAAAGUGAAAAGUGUUCUAUUGAAAGGAAGAAUUCUAGAGAUAAAAUUGAACAAUUUUUUAAUCGAUUGCCGGCAGUUAUUUUACCUUAAUUAACGAAUGGUUUGUCUUUAUACAAUCUAACACAUAAUUUAAGUUUUAUUGAGAAAAAUUGCCUUAAUUUUUCAAAAGACUAAUACUAUCAUAUCUAAUUUUCAAAUAAUGAAAAAUUAUUUAUCAAGACCUUCGAAGCUGGUAAUCUUCGGAGAAUCUUCGUAACUACCACAUUCUAUUUUUAUCAACUGAGAUAUCCCCCCUCCUUUAUUGGAUAACGAUAAAUCCAUUUUGAAUCAAUGUGACUGCGUGUUAUAUUAAUUUACGCAUCCUUUGAACCCUUUUCUAGUUCCGCUUUGAAACUCAUUAUUUUGCCGUGUUCAUAAAUUGACGUCAGUCAAAGACAACAUUAAAUACUGUUUACAUUGUUA